AUGGCAAAGGUUUCCUGGUUGGAUCGAAAAUCGUCACAAUCGGUACAAAGUUCAACCAGUGGUACCGGAAGUGCAACAACCAUGAUGGCAUACAAUGUACAACGGCGUGCUUCACAAGGUUCAUCGAGUUCCUCCAAUGGUUCCUCACUACCUCCUGCAAUUUAUGCAACAAGUUCUGCCAAUAAUAACUGUCCUGCCAGUAGUUCUACUCGACCUGCUCCACUUGCAUCUCUCGCAAGCAACUAUAAUUCCACACCAUCACUUUCUGUUAGUUCUACCAAUGUUGCAGCAGUUUCCUCAAAUGCACCACCAGCACCGCCACCGCCGCCACCUCCAUCUUCCCUGUCAUUGCGCAAAGGAAGUGGCAGUUCUAUUGCAGAUCAGUUGAAAAAAAUACAACUUCGGAAAAUCAAUGCACCACAAUCAUCAAAUUCAGGGGCUUCCGGCGGUAGUAAUUUGUUAUCAGAGCUGGAAGCAACUCUCAGCAAACGUAAAAAUCAAUGUGAUAAUAGUGAUUCUCGCUCUAUCGGGAGUGAUACGGCAUCCUCAACAAUUGCUGUCGACAACGGGACUUUACGACGUCCGUGGGAGAAGCAAGUUAAUGGCAAUGCAAAUAUUAUUGAUUCUCCAAAAGUAAAUUGCAAAUUAUCAAGCUCGAAUUCGUUGAAUCAAGAGGAGUCACGAACUGGAGGACAUGGUGCUGCUGUAACAAUAGAAACUUUGGAGAAAUGGAAAGAAGAAAUUUUAAGUGAAUUAAGACAAGAAGUAAACAAGGCAAAAAAUGAAAUUAUCGAAGCUUUACACUCCGAAUUAUGUUUGCAGCGAAGGUAA